AUGUCGACCUCGAACGGCAAGACGGCCUUCUUCACUAUGGAGGACGCUAAGGCGUCUUUCAACCUCUUCUGCUGCGUCUGCGGUAUCGGCUCGCUGGCCAUGCCGUCCAACUAUGCCCGUGCCGGUCCGUUGUUUGCCUCCAUCGCCUUGGCCUUCAUGAUCUUCGCCAACACGUACGCCACGCUCAAGCUGUCCAAGGUGAUGCUGGUGGCGCCGUCGUCUGUGAAGACGUACGGUGACCUGGGCGAGUGGGCUCUGGGCAAGUGGGGUCGCUUCUUCACGGUGGUCUCUCAGAUGGGUGUGUGUCUGCUGGUGCCGUGUGCCUUCCUCGUGUUGGGCAGUACGCUGUUGGACGUGCUGUUCCCGGAUUCGUUCAGCCAAAUCUACUGGAUCAUCUUUAUGGCUCUCAUGGUCAUCCCGGUGUGUCUCAUCCCGACACUGAAGGAGAGUGCCGGCAUGGCCUUUGCCGGUUGCAUGGGCACGGUCAUCGCCGACAUCAUCGCCGUGUCGGUGUUGCAGUGGAACAUGCGCGGCCACGAUUCCAUCCCCAAGCCGGACGUAACGCUGCACCAGGUUCUGACCUGCUUUGGUAAUCUUGCUCUAGCGUACGGUGCUGCUAUUGUGGUGCCCGACUUGCAGCGCGAACACUCGCAGCCUCAGCGCAUGCCGCGUGUGGUGGUGAUCACCAUCCUCUUCAUCUCCGCCUUCUUUGUCGCUGUGGCUCUUGCUGGCUACACUGCCGGCGGUUGUCAGCUCUCCGGUAACAUUCUGUACUCGAUCGUAAACAAGUCGGACCCUCUUGGUCUGGCCCCUCUGGGCUUCAGCGCUGACCGUGGCGCGGUGGUGAUGGCGUAUCUGUUUAUGCAGGUGCACAUUUCCAUCGCUUUCUCGACGCUCAUGAUGCCUCCGUUCUUCAUGGCCGAGCGCCUGGUUCUGGGCAUGCACCAGAGUCCCGAGAUUAUUCGCUUCAACGGUGAAGUUGACCAGGCCAAUGUCGAUCUUGACUUGGAGAUUCAGGAGAAGCGCUCGUACAUGCAGAGCUCGACCCCCAUGGACACGGCGAACCGUCAGGUGUCUGCGUCGAGUCUGGUCGAGAAGACGGAGGGUCGGAUGUCGCAUCUGCGAGUGGCUCUGGAGUUCGGGGAGGAGAUCACGGAGGAGGAACUCCACGCACCCUACCGCAACAACCCGCUGCGUUACAUUGCUCUUCGUAUUUGUAUCAUUGCGAUCUUGGUGGUCAUCGCUGUGCUGGCGCGUAAGCGUUUCCUCGACCUCGAGGACUUUACGGGUGCCACUGCCCACACGACGAGCUGCUUGCUGUUGCCGUUGAUCAUCUACCUGCGAGUGUUCUGGAAGAGUAUGUCGUUCCUGGACAAGGGCGCGUCCAUGCUGGUGAUUGUGGUGUGCGCCGUCACUGGUUGCUACGUGAUGAUCCACGCCGGUAAGCAGCUCUUUACGCCGUCGGACGAUGACACUUUGUUCCCGUACUGCGAGACGGAAUUCCAAGACGAGCCCUACUACGUGCGCAACAACAGCACCAACUAA